AUGUCGCUGCCACCGCCAUUGUCAUUGCUUAAGAUGGAGGAAGCGAGGGUGCAGCAGUCUAUAUUCUCGGUCACUGAGAUUUCAAGAACAUCAAUCGAGAUGAUCCAAGUCGGUGUUCAGCUCUUAGUGAAGAUCUUCAAGGAUGCUUUCUUUGCAAGUGAUGGAAUUAAGCUCCGCUGUCGUCUCCGCUUACCUCCACUGAGCUUUUUCCUCUCUCAAAGGAAGCUUGAGAUUGGCCAGAAAAUCUAUGGGCGACAUCGGCGAAACUCGCACGACCACAAAUCCCUCAACAAAUUUGUCGCAAUAUCCACUCAGCCUAGUAGAGAUUGCCGGAUAAAGGACCUAAAUACUGCAGAAACAGAGGAGGACAUUGGCUUUUAUGCUGGCUUUGUUGGUGCUGCAAUGAUGCUUGGAAGAGCUUUAACUUCAAUGUCGUGGGGAACAUUUGCUGAUAAAUAUGGAAGGAAGCCUGCUAUAGUGUUGAGCAUCAUCUCACUGAUCAUAUUCAACACACUCUUUGGAUUGAGUACUAAUUUUUGGAUGGCAAUUGCAACAAAAUUCCUUCUUGGAUGUUUUAAUGGCAUACUUGGAACAAUGAAGGCUUACUCAUCAGAAGUUUGCCGACCUGAACAUCAAGCCCUUGGGGUAUCUCUUUGUAACUCUGGUUGGGGCAUUGGUUUGGUAAUUGGUCCUGCAGUUGGAGGUUAUUUAGCACAGCCAGCAGAAAGCUUUCCGAAUAUAUUUUCUAAAGAUUCUUUGUUUGGGAGGUUUCCAUACUUCUUACCAUGCCUUAUAAUAUCUCUCUUUGCUGUUGGAGUAUGUAUAGUUUGCAUUUGGGUUCCGGAAACAGUACAUCAACAUGAUGAAGGCAAAUUGAAAACUGAUGUAAUUGAACAUUUAGAUGGUUCUUCUCAUUCCCAUGACUCAGAACAAUGGCAAGAGGAAACUAAACAAAUUCAUCUAGCUUAUAAAGAGAGUUUAUGGAAGAAUUGGCCACUCAUGGCUUCUAUCAUUAUAUUUUGUGUUUUCUCCCUCUAUGAUAUGGCAUUUUCAGAGAUAUUUCCCUUAUGGGCGGAGAGCAGGAGGAAGCUUGGGGGCUUGGGCUAUUCAUCUCAAACUGUUGGUCAGGUCCUUACAAUUUCAGGUUUAGGCCUUGUGGUGUACCAACUCACUCUUUAACCUUUAUUUGAGAGAGCAUUCGGACCCAUUCUUUUAGCACGAAUC